AUGAAUGAAAAUCCCAAAAAUGUCAAUAACUUUAUGCUUGGAAAUGAAUGGAAUGGAUUUAGCUUUAAAGAUAAAGAAAAAAAAUGCUUAAAUGAAAAUCAUGUUAAUCCCAGCCAAAUAAAUGAAAUGGAUUUUUUCUUUGAAAAUUACAAUAAUAAAAAUAAUGCUAAUAUUUUGCAAUUUUCGAAUAAAUGCACUUCAAAUAGUAUAAAUGGGGAAAAUGAAAUACACAAAAAACAUAAUAUAAAUAGAAAUAAUGACACAAAUUUUAAUAAAUAUUUGACAAAUAAUGUUAACAAUUCUCUAUGGGGCGAAUUUAACGAAAGUUAUAAUGUCAUUAAAAAUAAAAAGGAAAGAAAUAAAACACCAAUAAAAAAAGAAGUUCAAAACACAGGCAAACUAAUUUCAAGUAUGAAUGAAAUUAGUAAUACUUUUGAUGUACAACCAAAUGAAGAAAAAUUAAAUCAUGAUUCUACCUUUGAUUUAUGGGAAAAGUUUACAGAAUAUGAACUUACGGGAAAUGAUUCAUCUUAUGACAAAAAAAAAAAAAAAAAAAAUGAUGAUUAUAUAAUUCACACUGGAAAAGGAUCUCUAAGUAAUUCUAAUAUAUAUAAGAAAGGUGGUAAUGAUAAUGAAAAUGAUAAUAAAAAUAAAAAUGAAAAUAAAAAUGAAAAUAAAAAUGAAAAUAAAAAUGAAAAUAAAAAUGAUAAUGGAAAUGAAAGUGAUAAUGGAAAUGAAAGUGAUAAUGGAAUUUGUGUGGCAUCAAAGCAUAAUCGAAAUGUAGUUAAGGGGGAUGGACAAAUAAAAAAUUUAAUUGAGUAUCAUAAAAAAUGUGAAAAACCCAGUACAUCAACAAAGAUUGAUUCAUUUUAUGAAGGAGAAUUUACAACAAGUUUAAAAAAUGGAAAUAAAUUAUAUGAUGAUAUCAAUUUAACUUCUGAACAUGACAUACAAAUUGAUUAUUAUUCCGAUAAAAGUAUUUCACAAUGUAAAGUAGUAAAUAAUAAAAUAAACAUAAAAAAAAAAAAUGACAUAUUAUUGGAAAAAGACUAUGAAAAAAAUAUUUAUAAAAAAAAUAAAGACUUAUUUAUCAAUAGUAAUGAUAGUAACCAUAAUAACAGUUUAUCGGAUUCGAAACAUUCUAUUAGCAGUUUUCAAAUUAAUAAUAAUGCGAUAAAAAAAAAAUCCGAAUUCGAAAAUAACAGUUAUACUAGCAGAUAUCGUUAUAUUGACAACGAUAAUAAUAAUAAUGUAGAUGAUAUUAAAAAAAAAACAAAAGAAAAGAUUUCGAAAAAAAUGAUUUCAACUCAAGAAUUAAUAAAUAGUUGUAAAGAUUGUACUAAUAGUGUGGAUAAUUUCGUAGAUGAACAAAGUAAAGACGAAAUACAAUUAAAAACAGAGAUAAAAAAAAAGAAAAUAAUAAAACCUAUAAAUAACCAAAAUAUAUCACAAUCAUUUACUAGUGUAAUAGAUGAUUCUGAAAACACAUAUUAUGAUAAUACAAAAUUUUCUGAACAAAGUAGUAGUAAUUUGUUAAAGCUAGAUGAAAGUUCAGAAUUUUUUUGUAAUUCUAAUAUGAUGGAUGAUGAAAAAAAAAAAAAGAUAAAAACUAAUAAAAGAAGCAAAGAUGAAAAAAAUUUAAAAAAAAAAAAAAUAGAAGAUAUGGAUAAUAAUAGUAAAAAAGAAAUAGAAAUAGAUAAAUCAGAGAUAUCAAAACAAGCAGAACAAAAUUAUACAUUUGAAUCUAUAAAAACGAACAAUAGUAGUAAAUUCUUUGAUGAAAUUAAAGAAUAUUUAAAUAAUAAAAACACAAAAGAAACAAUAAAUGUAGAAAAAAAAACGAACUAUAAUUUUAAUGCAUUUGGUGAUCUAAAUGAAAAUUUUAAAUUAAAAAAUAAAACAUCAGAAAUAAAAAAAAAACAAACUAUUCGAACUAAUAGUAAUAAUACAAUAUUUAGUGACAAAGAAAAGGUUCGAAAUAAUUCAGAUUCAAUAAAGAAAUUAUCAAAAGUUGCAGAUGUAAUGGAAAAAUCAGAAUUAAAAAUAAAAUUAAACAAAACAAAAAUGAAGGGAGAAAACAUGUGUGAAAAAAAACGAACCAUAAAACAAAAGGGAAAUGAAAGUAUUAGAAUGGAUAAAGAUAAAAAAAAAAUAACUGAAAAUGUAAAAAAAGUUAGUGAAUCAAAAUUUUGCAAUAGCAAUAGUAUAAUGAAUAGCAACUUUAGUAAUUAUUCGAAUCUAAAAAAAAAAAAAGAAAUUUCUGAUAAAACAAAUGUUUUACAUUUAACUCAAAAUUUGUCUAGAAUAAAUACAAAAUUAAUAGAAGAAAAUAACAAUAAAUCUUAUGACGAAAAAGAAAUAUAUACUGAUAGGAUAGUAUAUGAUAAAGGUAAUAAAAUAAUCCAAAAAGAAAAUAUAAAAAAAAAUGAUGAUAUUAAAAAUGUUAUACAGAAAGAUAUACCAGCAGAUGAAGAUGAAACUACAAUUAAUUACAAUGAUGAUGAAAAUGAAACUGUAAAUUCGAAUAAAAUUAUUGCAAAAAAAAAAGCAAAUUUUUCUAUAGAUGCAAAUGAAACAUAUGGUCAAGAUAUUGAAUUUGAGGAGAAUGAAGUAGAAAUGAAAAAAGAAACUCGGGAAAAUGCAAAUGUUCAAAAUGGAUAUCAAAACGAAGCUCGAAAUGAAUCAUUUGUUAUCCAAAAAGGGAGAAAAUUUAAAAAUAUGUUUAUUUCAUUUAUUAAAAGAGAAGGUUAUAAAAAAGAUGAAGAAAAUGAACAAGUUGAUGAAAAUAAAAUUAUAACAAAAAAGGAAUUUAUAAAAUGGAAUGAAAUGAAUUUAAGCAUAUAUAACGAAAAUGCGAACAAUGAAAAUACGGUGCCAAGUUUGAAUGAAUUUGAAAUAAAAAGCAAAUCAACCAAUAACGAAUUGAAUGAUACAAAUUCAAAGAAAACUAUUGAAGAAUAUAAAAAUGAUUUAAAUAAUGACAAAGGUAAAGAAAGUGUUUCAAAUAAGUUAGAGCAAAAUAAAAAGAGUAUAAACAAUGUAUUAGAAGAAAAGAAAAACAAUGAAAAUAACAAAGUAUUUAAUAACGAUACAAUAUCUGAAAAUAAUUCAAAUUCCAAAAAAAAAGCAAAUACUAUUUAUAACAAUUUUUUAGAAAGUUUAAAGCAUCCAUCCUGUAAAACAGUGGUAGACAAAGUCAAAAAUUUUAUUAUGAAUUUUCCACAAAAUUCAAAUAGAGGAGAAUCAGCAAAUAAAAUUCAUACAUUCAUAAAUGAAACUCAACCUAUUUUAUUAAAAUCUAGUAUAUAUAAAAAUUUAAACUCUGAUCAAAUAAAUAUUAUUAUUCAGGGAUUUGAAAAAUUUAUAAUACAAAAAUUAUAUUUUUAUUUAUAUCGUAUGGAUCCAGAUGAUAAAGAUCAUGAUGAACAAGUUUAUACAAAAAUAAAUUGCCUUCAAUGGAUUGAGUUAAAACAUUUGGAAAUUUCAGAAAAUAUAGAUUUGAAUCGUUUGAAAUUAGCACAAAGUGAACUUUUAAAAAUACAAAAAAUGAAAGCACCCUAUGAUAAAAUAAUUAUGAUACUAAAUUGUUGUCGUAUUGUUACAUCUAUUUUAUAUGAAGCAAAAAAAAAUCUUAGAAAAAAAAAAAAAAAAAAUGAUAAAAAAUCGAAGAUUAUAAAAGAAGAUAAUAAACUUAUAGCAAAUGGGUCUACUUUUUUUGAAGGUAGUUUUUCAUUAAAUGAUGAUAUUAAACAAGUUAGAGGAAAUAGUCAAGUUAUACAUUCAAUGAGUUUAAAUAAUAUCAAAGAUAAAUUUUCGACAAGUUUGUUUGGGUUCAAUGAAAAAAAAAAUGGCAGUAGUUUUGAAAGCGAAAGUUGGAAUGUUGGUAAAAAAGAUGAAGAUGACGAUGAAAAUGAAGAUGAAGAUGAAGAUGAAAAUGAAGAUGAAGAAGAUGAUGAGCUGUUGCCAUGUGCAGAUGAAGUUCUUCCUUUACUUAUAUACGUGAUAAUUAAAACAAACCCACCCGAAUUAAUUUCUAAUAUUGCAUUUAUUCAAAAUUUUCGACAUCCAAAUCAUUUUGUUUCAGAAGAAGCUUAUUCUUUUACACAGUUUUGUAGUGGUGUUGAAUUUAUUAAAGAACUUGGUAAAACUACAUUUUUAAAUAUUUCUGAAAAAGAAUAUAAAGAAAAAGUUAAUAAAGCAGAAAAAUUUUAUUUAAAUGAAGUCAAAGAAAGUAAUAAGAAGUUACAAGAAACGGCUGGUAAAUUAAAUGACUUUAUAAAAUUGUCAAACGAAAAAAAAAUAAAUAAUAAUAUUAUUAGUAAAAUAGAAUCGAUUAAAUUAAAGUUUGAAAAUGUAGAAAAUUUAAACUUACUUACUAUUUCAGAUUUAUCAUCACUUUUUGAUGAAUAUAAAAUUCUUGUGGAAUUAAAAAACACUAUUUUAAAAGAUCUACAAAAUCAUGCUUAG